UUUUCAUGGAACCUUCUCUAUGCUGACUUAAAUUUGUCAGUAAACGAAAAUAUAAAGGAAGCAUCAUCUAUAGCCACCUCAGACCAACACCCAUCUUUUUUAUUUUCAUUUUAUUUCAAUUAAACCAUCGUCUAUAAAUAUAUAUCCCCCACCAUUGCUGAACAUUACUACAAAACUAGCUUAGCUUUCAGCCUUAGACACAGAGUCUCCUUGCUUCUUAAUUCCUUCAAGCCCAAGCAAUUAAUAACUCAGCACUACUCUUUCAUUUCUUUGUUUUAUUUACCACAGUAAAAAUGGUGUUUAAGUUGAACAAUCAAUUGUUAUCAAAGAUAGCAACUGGUGAUGGCCAUGGUGAAAACUCAUCUUAUUUUGAUGGGUGGAAAGCUUAUGAUAGUGAUCCUUUUCAUCUUGAAAAUAAUCCUAAUGGUGUUAUUCAGAUGGGUCUUGCUGAAAAUCAGCUUUCUUUUGAUGUAAUUCAAGAAUGGCUCAAGAACAAUCCAAAAGCUUCUAUUUGUACUCCUGAAGGAGCUGAUGAGUUCAAGGAUAUAGCUAUAUUUCAAGAUUAUCAUGGCUUGCCAGAGUUCAGAAAUGCAGUGGCAAAGUUUAUGGGAAAAGUAAGGGGAGACAGAGUCACAUUUGACCCUGACCGCAUUGUUAUGAGUGGAGGAGCCACCGGAGCUCAUGAGACGAUGGCGUUUUGUUUGGCCGAUCAUGGUGACGCAUUUUUGGUUCCUACUCCAUAUUAUCCAGGAUUUGAUAGAGACUUGAGAUGGAGAACAGGAGUACAGCUUGUCCCAGUUGACACUGAUAGCUCAAACAACUUCAAAGUUACAAGAGAAGCCUUAGAAAAUGCUUAUGAAACAGCGCAGUAUAACAACAUCAAUAUAAAGGGUUUGCUCAUAACGAAUCCAUCAAAUCCUCUAGGCACAAUAUUAGACAGAGACACACUGAAAAGUAUAGUAAAUUUCAUCAACGAGAAAAAUAUUCAUUUGAUCUGCGACGAAAUUUACGCCGCCACAGUCUUUAGCGAGCCUGAAUUCGUUAGCAUCGCAGAAAUAAUCGAAGAAGAAGAAUGCAAUCUCGAUCUAAUUCACAUCGUUUAUAGCUUAUCGAAAGAUAUGGGAUUUCCGGGUUUUAGGGUCGGAAUUAUUUACUCAUACAAUGAUACCGUCGUUAAAUGUGCUCGGAAAAUGUCCAGUUUCGGAUUAGUUUCGACACAGACACAGCACAUGAUCGCAUCAAUGUUAUCGGAUGAUGAGUUUGUAGAAAGGUUUAUCUUGGAGAGCAAGAAACGGCUAGCUUCAAGACAUAAUGUGUUCACUAAAGGGCUAUCUCAAGUAGGGAUCAAGUGUUUGAAAUCAAGCAAUGCUGGUUUGUUUGUUUGGAUGGAUUUGCGGAGGUUACUCAAAGAACAAACAGUCGAAGGCGAAUUGGCGCUAUGGAGAGUGAUAAUUAAUGAUGUAAAGCUUAAUGUCUCGCCGGGUUCUUCGUUCCAUUGUACCGAGAUCGGUUGGUUUAGGGUUUGCUUUGCUAAUAUGGAUGAUCAGACGAUGGAAAUUGCUUUAUCAAGAAUCCGAACGUUUGUCCUUCAGAAUAAGGAAGCAUUGAAACCAAUCAAGAAACUGCUGGCGCAACGGAGCCUCAAACUCAGCUUCUCCUCGAGAAUCUACGACGAUUAUAUCAUGUCUCCGCGGUCUCCUAUGUCUCAGUCCCCUCUCGUUCGAGCGAGAACUUAGAACAUAUCCAGCGGAUCAAUAAAAAAAAUGGAAAUGAAAUAGAUGAAGGUAUCUGUUUCAUUACAUUUUAAUUAAUUAUCCUUCAAUUAAUUGAAGAUGGUUACAAAUUCUUUUAUAUGUUGUCAUUAAUUAAGGUGCACAAAAUGUGUUGUUUUGUAAGUUAUUCUUUAGUUUGUUUGUAAAGGGUCGGUUCAAAAAGGGAGAUAGGUGUAUGUUUUGUUAUAUAUGUAGUAAUCAAUAGCCAAUUUUUAUCAACCCCCACUUUGGCUGUGGAGUACUAUGUAUUGGUUCAUGCAUCUCCCUAUUGUAUUUCUUUUUCUUUUUUCUCUAAAGUGUAAUUUUGUUUUCUGAUUUUUCCUUUUCCUAAA